UUGAAGCGGCCGAGGCGCCGCUCUGUGCGCAGCAUGAGGGGCCCGCGGCCGCCGCCGGGAGAGCUGUGUUUGCGAGAGCGGCCCGCGGCGUGAGAGGGCUCGGCUGGACUUUCCCUCCGGAGCCGGCGGCGGAGCAGGUUCCGGUGACCCCGGCCGGGAGGCUUCCGAGCGCUCGGCAACAUGGCUUCCCCGCCCCACCAACAGCUGCUGCAGCACCACAGCACCGAGGUGAGUUGUGACUCCAGCGGAGACAGCAACAGCGUGAGGGUCAAAAUCAACCCCAAGCAGCUGUCCUCCAACAGCCACCCGAAACACUGCAAGUACAGCAUCUCCUCCAGCUGUAGCAGCUCCGGGGACUCAGGGGGCGUCCCCCGGAGAAUGGGCGCCGGAGGCCGCCUGCGCAGGAAAAAGAAGCUGCCUCAGCUGUUCGAGAGGGCCUCCAGCCGGUGGUGGGACCCCAAAUUCGACUCCAUGAACCUGGAGGAGGCUUGCAUGGAGCGCUGCUUCCCGCAGACCCAGCGCCGCUUCCGGUAUGCGCUCUUCUACAUUGGCUUCGCCUGCCUUCUCUGGAGCAUCUAUUUUGGGGUCCACAUGAGAUCCAAACUGACUGUCAUGGUAGCCCCUGCUCUGUGCUUCCUCGUGGUGUGUGUGGGCUUUUUUCUGUUUACCUUCACCAAGCUGUACGCCCGGCAUUACGUGUGGACCUCGCUGGUUCUUACCCUCCUGGUGUUCGCCCUGACUCUGGCUUCCCAGUUUCAGGUUUUGACGCCCUUCUCAGGACGAGUUGACAGCUUCAAUCAUACUCGGGCAGCCAGGCCCACAGACACUUGCUUAUCUCAAGUGGGGAGCUUUUCUAUGUGCAUUGAAGUGCUCUUUUUGCUCUACACCGUCAUGCACUUACCUUUGUACUUGAGCUUGAUUUUGGGAGUGGCCUAUUCUGUUCUUUUUGAGACCUUUGGCUAUCAUUUCCAAGACAAAGGCUGCUUCCCCUCACCUGGAGCAGAGGCCCUGCACUGGGAGCUGCUGAGCCGAGCCCUGCUGCAUGUCUGCAUUCACGCCAUUGGGAUCCACCUGUUCAUCAUGUCCCAGGUGAGAUCCAGGAGCACCUUCCUCAAGGUGGGCCAGUCAAUUAUGCAUGGAAAGGAUCUGGAAGUGGAAAAAGCGCUGAAAGAGAGGAUGAUUCAUUCUGUGAUGCCAAGAAUCAUAGCUGAUGACUUGAUGAAGCAGGGGGACGAGGAGAGCGAGAAUUCUGUCAAAAGGCAUGCCACCUCCAGCCCCAAGAACAGGAAGAAAAAGUCUUCCAUACAGAAAGCCCCUAUUGCCUUCCGCCCAUUCAAAAUGCAGCAGAUCGAAGAAGUCAGUAUUUUAUUCGCAGAUAUUGUGGGCUUCACCAAGAUGAGUGCCAAUAAGUCCGCCCAUGCCCUGGUGGGGCUCCUCAAUGAUCUGUUCGGCCGCUUCGACCGGUUGUGCGAGGAGACCAAGUGUGAGAAAAUCAGCACUCUGGGAGACUGCUACUAUUGUGUGGCCGGGUGUCCCGAGCCUCGGGCCGACCAUGCCUACUGCUGCAUUGAAAUGGGCUUGGGCAUGAUAAGGGCUAUCGAGCAGUUCUGCCAAGAGAAGAAAGAGAUGGUGAACAUGCGCGUUGGGGUUCACACGGGGACUGUCCUGUGCGGCAUCUUGGGCAUGAGGAGGUUUAAAUUCGACGUGUGGUCCAAUGAUGUGAACUUGGCCAAUCUCAUGGAGCAGCUGGGAGUGGCUGGCAAGGUUCACAUUUCCGAGGCCACUGCAAAAUACCUAGAUGACCGGUACGAAAUGGAAGAUGGGAAGGUUACUGAACGCCUCGGCCAGAACGUUGUUGCUGACCAGUUGAAAGGUUUGAAGACAUACCUGAUAGCGGGUCAGAGAGCGAAGGAGUCUCAUUGCAGCUGUUCAGAGGCCUUGCUUUCUGGCUUUGAGGUCAUUGACGGCUCACGGGUGUCCUCAGGCCCUAGGGGACAGGGGACAGCAUCGCCAGGGAGUGUCAGUGACUUGGCGCAGACUGUCAAAACCUUUGAUAACCUUAAGACCUGCCCGUCGUGCAGAAUCAUGUUUGCUCCCAAAUUGGAAGCUGGCGCUGAAGGCGGAGCAGUCCAGAAUGGCUGUCAGGAGGAGCCCAAGAAAAGCACCAAGGCUUCUGGAGGACCCAGUUCCAAAACGCAAAACGGACUGCUAAGCCCUCCCCCGGAGGAGAAGCUCACCAACAGUCAGACCUCCCUGUGCGAGAUCUUACAAGAGAAGGGAAGGUGGGCAGGUGUGAGCUUGGACCAGUCAGCCCUCCUUCCGCUGAGGUUCAAGAACAUCCGGGAGAAAACGGAUGCCCAUUUUGUUGACGUUAUCAAGGAAGACAGCCUGAUGAAAGAUUAUUUUUUUAAGCCACCCAUUAAUCAGUUCAGCUUGAACUUCCUGGAUCAGGAGCUAGAACAAGCCUACAGGACCAGCUAUCAAGAAGAGGUUAUAAAGAAUUCUCCCGUGAAGACUUUUGCCAGUGCCACCUUCAGCUCCCUCCUGGAUGUGUUUCUGUCAACAACAGUGUUUCUGAUUCUCUCCAUUACCUGCUUCCUGAAGUAUGGGGCCGCCUCCAUGCCACCCCCGCCGGCCGCCCUGGUGGUCUUCGGAGCAGCCCUGCUUCUGGAGAUCCUGUCCCUCGUGGUCUCUGUCAGGAUGGUGUUCUUCCUGGAGGAUGUGAUGGCUUGUACCAAGCGCCUGCUGGAGUGGAUAGCCGGCUGGCUCCCGCGCCAUUUCAUCGGGGCCAUCCUGGUGUCCCUCCCCGCCCUCGCAGUCUAUUCACAUGUCACCUCCGAAUUUGAGACAAACAUACACUCCACCGUGUUCACGGGCUCGGCUGUCCUGAUCACCGUGGUGCACUACUGUAACUUCUGCCAGCUCAGCUCCUGGAUGAGGUCCUCCUUGGCCACAGUCGUCGGGGCCGGGCCCCUGCUGCUGCUCUACGUCUCCCUCUGCCCAGACAGUUCCAUAGUAAUUUCACACCUGGAUGCAGUACAGAAUUUCAGCUCCAAGAGGAAUCCGUGCAACGCCUCGCUGCCGCACGACAGCAGGAGCCCAGCCAGCCUGAUCGGCCAGGAGGUGAUUCUUGUCUUCUUCCUCCUGCUCUUGUUGGUCUGGUUCCUGAAUCGAGAAUUCGAAGUCAGCUACCGCCUACACUACCACGGGGACGUGGAGGCGGACCUGCACCGCACUAAGAUCCAGAGCAUGAGGGACCAGGCCGACUGGCUGCUGAGAAACAUCAUCCCCUACCACGUGGCCGAGCAGCUGAAGGUCUCCCAGACCUACUCGAAGAACCACGACAACGGAGGAGUCAUCUUCGCCAGCAUCGUCAACUUCAGCGAGUUCUAUGAGGAGAACUACGAGGGCGGCAAGGAGUGCUACCGGGUCCUCAACGAGCUGAUCGGGGACUUCGACGAGCUCCUGAGCAAGCCGGACUACAGCAGCAUUGAGAAGAUCAAGACCAUUGGGGCCACGUACAUGGCCGCGUCGGGGCUGAACGCCACACAGUGCCGUGACGGCAGCCACCCGCAGGAGCACCUGCAGAUCCUGUUUGAGUUUGCCAAGGAAAUGAUGCGCGUGGUGGACGACUUCAACAAUAACAUGCUCUGGUUCAACUUCAAGCUCAGGGUGGGCUUCAACCAUGGGCCCCUGACGGCAGGCGUCAUUGGCACCACCAAGCUGCUGUAUGACAUCUGGGGAGACACGGUCAACAUCGCCAGCAGGAUGGACACCACGGGGGUGGAGUGCCGCAUCCAGGUCAGCGAGGAAAGCUACCGCGUCCUGAGCAAGAUGGGCUACGACUUCGACUACAGAGGGACGGUGAACGUCAAGGGCAAAGGCCAGAUGAAGACCUACCUGUACCCCAAGUGCACAGACAACGGGAUGGUGCCGCAGCACCAGCUCUCCAUCUCCCCCGACAUCCGAGUCCAGGUGGACGGCAGCAUCGGACGCUCCCCCACGGACGAGAUCACCAACCUGGUGCCUUCCGUACAGAACCCGGACCAGGUGUCCCUGGGCUCCGAGAACAACACACAGGCCAGGGACACUCACCCGUCUUCUAAGAAACCCUGGAAGGAGCCCAUCAAAGCCGAAGAAAGGUGUAGGUUCAGCAAAGCCAUAGAGAAAAGCGACUGUGAAGAAGCAGGGGUGGAGGAAGCCAAUGAACUCACCAAGCUCAACGUCUCAAAGAGGGCAUGAUGCGGCCCAGCACCGCCCGCGGUGCUCUGUCCGUCCAGGUUCCACAGUUCCCGUCCCCGGACGUGGUGUCCUGUGGUCAUUGCAGCCCUAACUUCUGUGUGGAUCACAGUUAUUCAGGGUUCAUCUUCAUCCGUUUUUUUCCUCUUCCCCCUUGGUGUGACCAUUUGGCAGUGUGGAGAACAAGUGCCUUCAGGGGCUGGCGCGGCCUGGAGUCCAGGGAAGGUGCGGCCAGGGUGUGGCGCUGGGUGGUGGUGGACGUUAAAACAGAAGCUGUGGUUAAAAUAUUAUUUUUAUUGCUUUUUCUCACGAGACACUUUUUUUUUUUGCUAAUACAAUGUUUUUGAGGUUUUUUUUCUGUAUACGUACUAGUGUUUUUCCAGUGACCUGACCUUUCUAUGUAAACACAUAGACGCACACACACUUGCAUUCAUGAAUCUGAGAUCAAGUGCCAGUAACUCACUGGGCGGGGAUGCUGGGGGGGUGCAGGCUGAGGACCGUAGAGGGCCAUCAGCCAGGACACCGGUGUCCCCUGACAUGCGCCUUCCAGGCCAGCCGGGCCCUCAGGGGCUGUGACUGCACCCACCGCCCCCCACACCCAGCAGCUUUAGGGCUUUCUCCUCGUGCAGGCCGAGAUUCCAAAUGCUUACCGGCCUCACAGCUCAUGAACCCAGGCCUCAGGUAUCUAAAAGCCCUUUUUCAUUCUGCUCCCGCCCCAAGGGGUCUUCCAGUUGGAGCGGAGGGGCUUGUCUUGGAAGCUGACUUAACUGAGAGGAAACGCAAAAUAAACAUCCAAGGGUUGCA